ACUCAUUAUACCAGCAAAUAUUUUAGCUUCAAUAGGCCAAAUACCUUCAACACCUUCUCGAUCUAAAACACCAACUUCAUCAACAACUCCUCAACUUAAUAUACUAAAAAAAUUCAUAACUUUGUCAACAACUCAACUAUGA